CGCGAGGAUCACGGAGCGUCCGGCUCGGCGAGAGGGCAGCGCGCCGGCGGUGCCGGUGUCGGGAGGCGCAGUCCCGCCUCGGCCCGCAGGGGGGAGCUCCCGGCCAAGGCGGCGCCGAGCGGCUGCGGGCGGGGAGGCGCCCGAGCCCGGCCCGGCGCUGCCCAGCGCAGCGCAGCCGGGCGGCGGCGAGCAGCGGCGAGCGGGGCCCCGGGCCAGCCGCUGCCGGGCCGCCAGCCGCACUCGGCCCCAGGGAGCCCGCUCGCCCUCGCCGCCGCCCUCGCCGCUGCCGUGCGCCGCUCGCCGCCGAGGACCGCGAGCCCGAGCCGCCCGCCGGAGCCCGCCCGCCGCCCCGCCAUGGCGAUCGCAAGGCAAGUGCUUUGUCUCUCCGCUCUCCUCUCGCUGCCGCACGCUCGCUCCCAGCCUCUGCGCUACUCCGUAGCCGAGGAGGCGCCGAGCGGCUCGCUCGUAGCCGACGUGGCCGAGGACGCGGGGCUGUCCCCGGCGCAGCUCUCGGCUCGCCGCGCCCGCCUGGCCUCGGAGGACGGCCGGCAGCGCUUGCGCUUGGACCGCGCCACCGGCCGCCUCGUCGUGGCCGAGAGGCUCGACCGGGAGGAGCUGUGCGCCCAGGCGCCCGCCUGCACGCUGCCCUUCGAGCUGCUGCUGGCCGACCCGCUGCAGUUCCUGCGCAUCGAGGUGGCCGUGCGGGACAUCAACGACCACUCGCCCCGUUUCCCGGACGAGCAGGUCACGCUUAAGAUAGCGGAGAACAGCAACCCGGGCUUGCGUUUCGCGAUGGAGGUGGCUCAGGACUCCGAUGUCGGCAUUAACAGUGUCCAGGGUUACAGCAUCUCACCCGAGAACGAGUACUUUAGUGUUUCCUUUGGGAGUCGGGCUGCGGGGGACAAAUAUGUUGAACUGGUUUUAGAAAAGCCUCUAGACAGAGAGGAGCAGACUGACGUUGUUUUUAGUCUCAUUGCUACGGAUGGUGGCUCUCCACCGAGGAGUGGCACCACCCAAAUCCGCAUUAUCGUUCUGGAUGUCAAUGACAACACUCCAGUCUUCACAGAGGACCGGUACAUUGGUCAGAUUUUGGAAAAUGCCCCCGAGGACUCUGUCGUUCUGAGGGUGAUGGCAACUGAUCUGGACGCAGGUAUUAAUGGGGACAUCUCCUAUCAAUUCAGCCAAGAGGUGGGCCAGAGCGAAUCAGCAUUUGCAAUUGACCCUAAGAGCGGUGAAAUUAAGCUCAUCAAGGCUCUGGACUUUGAGGAAGCUGAGAAACAUGAGCUGAGUGUGCGGGCGACAGACGGUGGGGGACUCUCAGCAAUCUGCAAGGUGUUGGUGGAGAUUGUGGAUGUGAAUGACAAUGCACCAGAGCUGGUGGUGAGCUCCUUCAGCAGCUCCCUCCCUGAGAACGCGUUACCUGGGACGGUGGUAGCUUUCUUUAAUGUUAAGGAUCGUGAUUCUGGUGCUAAUGGGAAGAUCACCUGUGCGCUUGAGGACCAGCUGUCAUUCUUCCUCCGUUCGGCCUAUAAGAAUUACUAUGAGCUGGUGACCAUGAGCACACUGGACCGGGAAGAGAAAGAACAGUAUAUCAUCACUGUCAGAGCAGCAGACAUGGGGUCACCUCCUCUCACCACCACACACACCUUCACUGUGGAAAUCUCUGACGUCAACGACAAUGCACCUGUCUUCAACCAGACAUCGUACACCAUGUAUGUGCGUGAGAACAAUAUUCCCACGAUGCUGGUUGGAGUUGUCCAUGCCUCAGAUGCUGACAUUGGGCCCAAUGCCAAGGUGACCUAUUCCCUGGCACCAGUUCACACUGCAGAGCAGCCUCCCAGCUCCUUUAUUUCCGUGAACUCUGAGAACGGUCAUGUGUUUUUGUUGCGUCCUCUGGACUAUGAAGAGCUGAAGCAUGUUGAGGUCUUGGUGAUCGCGUCUGAUGCAGGGUCUCCUCCUCUCAGUGCCAAUGCCACUGUCCGCCUUGUUGUGCUGGAUGAGAAUGACAAUGCCCCACUGGUGCUGCACCCAGCCCAGGACAGCAGCCCAGCAUCCAGCGAGCUGGUGCCCAUGUCAGCUGAGGCGGGGUACCUGGUCACCAAAGUGGUGGCUGUUGAUGCUGAUUCUGGGCAGAACUCAUGGCUUUCAUACCACUUGCUGAAGGCCUCUGACCCUAGUCUGUUUGUGGUGGGUGCCCAAAGUGGGGAGGUGCGUCUGAGGAGGCCAGUGACAGAGAGAGAUGCAGUGAAGCAGAAGCUUGUCAUCCUGGUGCGGGACAAUGGGCGGCCACCACUGUCAGCCACGGCAGCAUUGAGUGCACUCCUGCUGAAUGAUUUUUCGGAUGUGCGCCUGCCACACAGCAACCUGACCAUGGAGGUUGAGGACAACCCCCUGACAACCUAUUUAAUCAUUUCCUUGGUCUUUGUCUCACUGCUCUUUCUUGCAUCCAUGGCGGCCUUCAUUGCUUUCAAGAUGUGCAAGAGAAAGGAUCUGAAGGAUGGCCAUGUGAUUUAUGCUGCCAACAACUUGCAGAGCAGCCUGGCUGAGGCAGCCUCUGCAGGGACCCUGCCCCAUCCCUAUUGCUACGAGAUCAGCCUCACGACGGGCUCUGGCAACAGCGAGUUCAAGUUCCUGAAGCCCAUCCUGCCCAACCUGCCACCACAGCGCUGUACUGUGACCGGGGGCUCUGAUGGUGAACAGGAUUUCCUCCAUGGCACUCUCACCAUGGAGGACAUGCUUCCAGAGAAUGCAGGGAUGCUCUCUGCAGAACAGUUCAAUAGUCUUUGACUAGCAUGGUAUCAGGACAGCCAGCGUCUUCAGGACUCACAAUAAGAAGGCAUUCGCCCUGCAGCAUGUGACAAUGGUUUCUGCAGUUUUAAUCUGCAUUUGCAAUUGGCAUCAUUGUUUUCCCUGAAAUUGUAUGUAAGAAAUUAUGUUGUCUCCCCCUCAAAAGAUCAAACAAAAGAAAAUUCCCUCCUAAGACAGGUUACAAUGUUUCAGUACUGUUACAGCCAUGCAUUCAAUUCUUUAGGAAGGGGGUUCAUUCCAUUGCUGCUGAACCAGUUCUUAUCUCCCUUGCUGCUGGCUGGGCUGUGGACAUUCUCUGCUGUAUUCUUUGCUGUAAUAUGAUUAGAAGGUAGGGCAGACAAUUCAUAGCCUCACUGAAAUGCAUAUAUUCCUUAUUCUGAGUCAGAAAAGCAAGCAAGUUGUGAGUACUGUGUUACAACCUUAGGCGUGCCUGGGGCUGUUUCUUCUGUGGGUUCUGGGUAUCUAUGUUUGAGAUGUGUGGGCUCCGUGUGUUUUGCCUUCUGAUCACUCUCUCUGUCCACCCAGCAGUUUUGUGACUGCGUAUGCUGCACAAAGUCUGCCCAGGGAAGCAGGUACUGGCUGACAUCCAGGAAUUGUGGAAAGCUGUCUUGAUCUGCUUUUAUGGGUUUGUGUUAGAGCAUUACCUUCUCCUUUUUGCAUUUUCUCCUUCUACUCUGUGAACUGUGUUUGAGCACUUUCUUGCCUCUUCCUCUAAAGAGGGACUGACACCUCGUCUAUAAUACUGUAUUUUCUCACUGGCCUGGAGUAUUCAGAAACUCUCCCAUUGUGUUGUGCUGCAGUUACAAACUGUGCUGUUGUAAGCCGGGAUGCCGUUAUGUGUAGAAGUGAAAUAAAGAGAACAACUGAAUUGCUUGUGUGGAGACAGCAUUCUUUGAAGAGAUGUUCCUUCUGGGAAAGCUCUGGUCUUCCAAAGGCUGUGCGUAUCUUUUUCCUGUUUUCCCUUGACUGAGCUAAGGUCAAGUGAGUCCAAUUCUUCUGUUUCAAGGCACAGUCGGUAGAGCAUUCAGAGAAUUUGUAGGGCACAGGGUUUUUCUGGCAGGCAUCUGUGGUUCCAGGUAGAUCAAGUUCAGGGAAGGCUGGUCCGUCCCCGAACAGGGACCCAGUGUGUGCAAAGGCCUCUGCAAAGCAGUGAGGUGGUGUUUGGGUGUCUUUUCCAACUCUCUUGACAGCUCCAGCUGCAGAUGACAUCUGUGAGGUUUUCAAGCACCCAGUGUUUUGAUUGUGAAUGUUUUGAGGGAUGGGUUGCAUAAAGACAGUAUUCAUCUUCCUUUGCGUAUAUAUUUAGGGGAGCAGCAAGAAGUGGGAAUUUAGUGAGUGAAAACUGCUUCUAGGAGGCUUUUCUCAGGAAAUGCUUAGAACCUUCUACACAGCCCUCAUAAAAGGUAAGUCCUGUGCCAAGGUUGCUGAAGUGAUGCUGAGUGGAAAAACGUUGUACUUAGGAGGACUAAGUGACCAAAAAUCCAGAUAUUCUGGAAAGGCCCGGGAGUUUGCUGUGCUGUGUUGUGCUGCAUAAUCCCUGGUCAGCAACAUAAAUUCAGCCAGCUCGCCGGAACCAUGGAGCCUGGAGGCAGCACCCACUUGCCACUGCCAGAGAGAAAGCACGUGCAAGCAAGUCUGCAGGUGGACGUCUUUAAUGUAACACCAGAAAUGAGGAAUGGAAUUGCUUUCUUGCAGGAAAGUCCUAAAUGGGAUUGCAUGACAGUAACAGGAGCACUAUUUCUGUUCUGUGACCGCGGUCUGCAUGGCGUGUUGUGCAUGGCUGGAGUCCUGUGUGAAGCUACUCUGCUCAGUGUUCCCUUCAUCUAAAGGGACAGAGGAUUAUCUAUGCAGACCUCUUCCACUAGUGUGAGCGAUAAUGAACAAGAUGUGAAUGACAUAUGAGAGAGUGGCUUUGUCACCCAUUGAGAUCCUGAGGAACCAGCACCUCUUGGUCUAGAACAGCUGCUUUUCAGGUCAAUUCAGCUUGAGGCUUCAGGUGUCUGAUGCAUCUGGCUGUUUGCCAGCAAGCUGGUGCCCAUGUCGGCUGAGGUGGGGUGCUUAACCACCAAAGUGGGGGCUGUUGAUGCUGAUUCUAGGUGGAAUUCGUGGCUCUCCUACCACCUGCAGAAGGCCACCGACUCUGGUCUGUUUGUGGUGGGUGCCCAAAGAGGGGAGGUGCGUCUGAGGAGGCCAGUGACAGAGAGAGAUGCGGUAAAGCAGAAGCUUGUCAUCUCUGAUGCCACCGACAAUGUACCUGUCUUCAACCAGACAUCAUACACCAUGUACAUGCAUGAGAACAGUGUUCCCAUGUUUCUUAUUGGAGCAGUCAGUGCCUCAGAUGUUGACGUGGGGCCUAAUGCCAAGGUGACCUAUUCCUUGGCACAAUCCCACCCCUCAGAGCAGCCUCCCUGCUCCUGCAUCUCUGUGAACUCUGAGAAUGGGCACAUGUUUGUACUGCGGCCUCUGGACUAUGGUGGGUGCCCAAAGUGGAGACGUGCAUCUGAGGAGGCCAGUGACAGAAAGAGAUGCGGUGAAACAGAAGCUUGUCAUCCUGGUGUGAGACAAUGGACAGGCACCACUGUCUGCCAUGGCAGCACUGAGUGCCCUUUUACUAAAUGACUUCUUGGAUGUGCGCCUACCACACAGCAGCCUGACCACAAAGGAUGAGGAAGACUCUCUGACUACCUAUUUAAUCAUUUUCUUGGUCUUUGUCUCACUGCUCUUCCUCGCAUCCAUGGCAGCGUUCAUAGUUUGCAAGGUGUGCAAAAGAGGAUCUGAAGAAUAUGCAUGUGAUUUAUGCUGCCAACAACUUGCAGAGCAGCCUGGUUGAUGCUGCCUCUGCAGCUACCCUGCCCCAUCCCUAUUGCUAUGAGAUCAGCCUCAUGACAAAAUCGGGCAACAACGAGUUCAGAUUCCUGAAGCCCAUCCUGCCCAGCCUACCACCACAGCGGUGUGCUGUGGCCGGGGACGCUGAAAAUGAGCAGCUUUUCCCCCAUAUUCCUCUCACCUUGGAGCAUGUGACACCAGAGAAUGCAGCGAUGCUCUCUGCUGAACAGUUCAAUAGUCUUUUCUUUAUCUAGGAUGGAGUCAGCACAGCCAGAGGCUUCAGGCCUGGUGACAGGAAGGGAUCUGUCGUUAUGUUUCCUGCAGAGUUCAUCUGCAUUUGCAAUUAGCAUCAUUGAUUUCCCUCAAAUUCUAACUCAGAAGAAAGGUUGUCUCCCCCCCUAAAAAAAACAAACAAAACAAAAGACACCCUCAGUCAGGUAACAGUGUUACCUGAAUAAGAGAGCCUCUUAUUCCGUGCUGUAACACAACGUCAAGGUCAGGCUGACAAAUCAAAUCCUCAAUGAAAUGCGUGUAGCCAUCGUUGUGGUCAGGAAAUGACGGAAGUUGCGAGUACUGUGUUACAACAUGGU